UGCCACAUCGUGUGUAUCAUGUUUUAUCGUCCUACCGGAUGUGCUACCCUGGAGCAAUGGCAGGUCAGGAUCUGGUCAGAAUUCUUGUGUAUACUGUCAAUCACCUGCUGCAACAGGAGAAAUACAGAGCUGCUCUGGCCGUUCUGAAGGGAUUCAGAAACGGAGUCGUAUAUGGAGCCAAAAUCCGAGCACCACAUGCCCUGGUGAUGACAUUUCUUUUCAAAAGUGGAAGUUUAAAGGACAAACUCAAAGCCAUUUUGAAGGCCACUUACACACAUUCUCGCAACCUGGCAUACUUUGUGUUCACAUACAAAGGACUUCAAGCCUUUCAGCAAAGGAUACAUGGAAAGAGUUUACAGUCGCACUCCUUUCUGGCUGCUUGUGUUGGAGGAUGGUUAGUGUUUGGGGAUAACAACAGCAUCAAUAGCCAGAUCAACAUGUACUUGCUGUCUAGAAUACUGUUCGCUCUGUCUCGUCUGGCUGUGGAGAAAGGACUCGUCCCUCAGCCUAAACAUGACCCGUUCCCACUCUUUGCCACUCUGGUGUGGGGCAUCGUCCUGUGGUUGUUUGAGUAUUACCCACACACGCUCCAGCCCUCGCUUCAGUCCUCUAUGAACUACCUCUACCACGACAGUAACGUGUGGCACGACGUCACCGACUUUCUUAUUUUUAACAAGCCGCGGACAGCUGCUCAGAAAUAAAGCACUGUACGUCCCUGUGAUGAACCACAGAGUCCACUUCACCUUCUCCCCACUGACUGUGUGUAAUGGCUCCAGUAGUUGGCUUAAGCUAGGGACGUCAAACAUAUGGCCUGUGGGCCAAAACCGGCCCGCUGGGGGUUCAAUCCAGCCUGCCUGAUGAAUUUUGAAAGUUAAGAAAAUGCACAAACCCUUCAUUUUUUUAUAAUGAUUACUUAAAUAUGAAUAUUUUCUAAUAACCUUGUACUAAUUUGCAUGAGAACAAA